AUGGCUGUAACAAGCUUUUCUUCUCCUCACAUCCUAGUUCAAAAAUCUGGACCUGUUAUAAAGCCUGUUAGCAAAUUUUUGAAGCCUAAACAGAAUGGUCAUAUUACACUCAAGAAAGCACCUACAGUACUUCUAGUCAGAUCCUCCUUAAAAGAGAAGGUUUUCGAGAAUCGAGCUGAGGGCAUAGUUUGUUAUAGAGAUGGCAGUGGGGAGAUAAUUUGUGAAGGAUUCGAUGAAGGCCCUCGUUUUCACCAGCAGCUUCCAUGCUCAUCGUAUCAUCCAAGAGAUGUUGAGAUCAUCAAUCUUCUUCAACAAAGAUUGCUUCAGAUUGUCAAUGGUGGGGAGUUUAGCAAUACUAACAAUGGUGUUUUCGCCGGACAAGAGGACUGCAAUCGGAAUGGCUUUAACAAAUUCUGCUGA